CAAUACUUUAGGGGUCUAUCAACAAAUCAGACAUUCUUCAACGCCAACUCCCUUUCUGAAAAAAAUUUGGCACACUCUCUUCAUCACCUGUUGGUAUGAUCGAUUAAGGUUGGUUUAGGGUUUCCCGAUCGGCCUAUAUCUGAAUUUCACAAUGGCGAAUCGAAUCUUUGAUGAAGAGCAGUAUCAACAUCAUCAGCAGCAACCAAAGUGGACGCCUUUCUUAACGAAGCUACUCGCAGAUCUAUUAGUCGAUCAAGUCCUUAAAGGAAACAGAGUGAACAAUUCUAUCCCUAAUAAAGCUUGGAACUUUAUAUCCUCUGAGUUUUACAAAACAAGUGGUCUUAAAUGGGGUAAAGAACAUCUCAAGAACAGAUUCGCUCUUCUCAAACGCCAGUUUGCACUUGUUAAGUUACUACUAUCUCGAGAUGACUUCAUUUUUGAUGAAUCCACUGGUUCUCUUAUCGCCACUGAUGAAGCUUGGGACCAAUAUGUAAAGGAGUAUCCAGAUGCAGAGGACAUAAGAACAAUUGGUUGUCCAAUCUACAAGCAGCUCUGCCAGAUAUUCACAGAAGAUUCCAUGACCAAUGGGAAACAUGAAGUAUGUUCAUCUGAGUAUGAUGAUACUGCUGCAGUGUGUUCUCCUACUCCUAAGAGAAGGCGCAGAGGUGUGGAGGCUUCUAUUGCCAAUGCUAUAUUUGAAAUGGCAGCUGCGUCGAAGCUGCGGACUACUGCUUUGAUGCAGCUGAGUAGGCGGUUCUCUCUUUCCGAGUGUAUCAGAGAGCUAGAUCGUAUUCACGGCGUACCUGAGGAUGUUUAUUUUGCAGCACUCGAGUCCUUUAAUAACGCAAGUGUAAGGGAGACGUUCUUGUCUUUGAAAAGUGACAUGCGCUUGGCCUGGCUUCAAUGGAAGUGUGCCAAGAGCUGA